AUGGGAUGGGAGAGGUCAAUUAUAUAUAUAUGGGUGCAACGGGAUGUCCCGCGGGACGUGCAGAUAAGACCGGAGAUAUGGGGAAAGGUUGAUAGUUUUCUUCUGCAGGACGUUGCUUUCAGUUGUUUCAGGAUUGCAGGUGCAAGUUUCAGAUUGGGACGGGGUGGAAGCUGGAGAGAAAUGAGAACGGAGCGGGAUUUUUUGGAGUUCGUGGCGUGUUCUGGCUGGGGAGAUUUAUUGGUAGAGAUUUUUCACAGGGUUUGUCCCCUUGGAGCUUUGAUUGUUCUGCGUUGCUUUCCUGCAGCAUAUAUGCAUGAUAGGGUCGGAUCAUUUGAAGCAAAGAUGGAAGAAACGGCUAUUUGCGGGGUCAGCAAAUCACACGAAAAUAUUUUGCAACUCGGAGAUCUCCGAAAUGGAUAUUAUAAGGGUCAGUUUGGUGUAUCACUGUCAGUAUGA